GGCAGCAAAAGAUGGGGUUAAACAGUGACUUCUGUCAUCCACACUGAAAACCGAAAGUCAGAGCUACUGUUGCUCCAAAGAAAUUUCAAAACCAAGUUAUUGAUCUAUUGGGAAGCUCAAGAUAGCUAGGUGCAGUGCAGUGUAGUGAUGAGCAAAUCAAAACAAACAAACAAAACAAGACCAACAAUCACCUCCACUGUUUGCAGUACCAUUGUAUGUAUCGCUUCCACUUCAAACAAACUCCCAAACUCCUCUGCAAAUUUUCAUGUUCCUUUCUUUUAUUUGAAGAAGAAAGGAUUGAUGGCUUCAUCAAGAAGAGAUCUAAAUGGGUUAAAGAUUGCAGUUAUUGUGAUGCUCUUCUUUUCUCUCGAAUUCUUUUCUUCUAAAUCAGCUGCGUCAAUGUUACCAAGAGACAGAGAGCGUCUGAAGCAAAUGAAAUUAGUUUUGGGUUCAAGGCCUCCUCGGUGUGUGAACAAGUGCUUGAAUUGCCGGCCCUGCACAGCUGCUUUAAUUGCAUCUCCACACCACAAGACUGAUUUCAAUGUAUCAUCUCAGCCAGAUGAGAGCUAUUAUCUUCUCUCAUGGAAGUGCAAAUGUAAAGAUAAGUUUUUCCAACCUUGAAUUUUUAUAGGCUAAUCUGAGUCAUUCCUAUGUAUACUGUAGCUAUGGUACAGACUCCUCCUCCACUCUCUCAUUACUCUCUCUCUCUCUCUCUCUCUCUCUCUCUCGGUUCAGGGAUUUUAGUGCUAAUCUCUGUGAGAUUGUCUCUUAUAGCUCUUGGUAAUUAAGAAAAACAAUGUGUUGUAUUUUUUAAUUUGUUGGUUUCUUAAAGAGUGAAGUUGAUGGAACAUAAGUAGAACAUGCAGUACUCAGUGUGAUUUUGGCUUCAUUUAAAGAAGAGUCAGUUCUCCACGUUAGUUAAUUGGCCACAAGCCGACAGAGCUAUCCAGAAAUCAUUUGGUACCAUGUUCUUCACGGAUUCUCACUUUCUUCUGAGAAAUUUGAACGAGGCUUAGGAAAUGGCAGCAACUUCUGCUCUUGAAAAUGGCUAGGACCUUGAUCCCCCCCUUUUUUUUUCAGAAAAUUCACCAAAUCACUCACCAAAUGUACUGAAUAAGUGCAAAUGUAAGCACCCUGAUUCAACCAGAAACAGCAAAAUAUGAAAUUCUCAAGGGCAAGUUCAGUUAGGUCUU